AUGAGUUCUUCACCGUCGCUGGAGAUUUUAGUUAGAGAAGCUGAAGGUUUCUGUGUGUGGAACGGCCCACCAUUCAGCAAUGGUCAACCCACUCUCAAGCUUGAACGAGUUUCAUGCUCCAACACAAAGUUCAGCGCCGAUGGAUCCAAGUUUAUGGGUAUAAAACCAGAUGGAGUCAUCAGUAUCUAUGACUCCACCAGCUUGACCGAAGUGAGGUCGUUCACUAUAGCUGAUGUUACGGCUGCUGAGCUAUCUCCAUGCGGGACUUAUCUGCAGACCUUUCAGAAGCCCUCUACUCCGCAGGAGAAGAACGUCUCCCUUUGGAAAACUGAGACUGGUGAUCUAGCACACGGUCAUUACCAAAAGUCCAUUACUAAAACCACAUGGCCAUCAAUUCGCUUCUGUCCCGAUGAGUCUUCCGCGUGUCGUUUAGCUACAAAUGAGGUCCAGUUCUUUGACCCGAAAGAUUUCUCGAAAGGAAUAACAUCCCGGAUCAGAGUUCCUGGGGUUGCUGCAUUUGAGCUUUCUAAAACACCAGCUUCCCAUGUUGCUGUGUUUGUUCCAGAAGUAAAGGGGAGUCCAGGCAGUGUCCAGAUAUUUGAAUGUGGGAAAGAUUCACAGAGUCAGCCAAUUGCUCGACGUAGCUUCUUCCGGUGUUCCUCUGUGCAGUUUAGUUGGAAUCAUGGUUCCACUGGACUCUUGGUGGUUGUACAAUCAGAUGUUGACAAGACCAACCAAAGUUACUAUGGGGAAACGAAGCUGCACUACCUUACAGUAGAUGGCACACAUGAAGGCCUAGUUCCAUUACGUAAAGAAGGACCAGUUCAUGAUGUUCAAUGGUCAUUCUCGGGUUCAGAGUUUGCAGUUGUAUAUGGCUGUAUCCUUUUUCCAUCAGCUAUAGACUUAUCUACGUUCUGGGACGUUGUCAACAAGAAGCAGCUAGGAAGUAAUAAAGCUGAGUGGUCCGUAACAAGUGAAUGGUCUCCAGAUGGGCGGUAUUUCCUGACUGCCUCGACAGCACCAAGACGUCAAAUUGACAAUGGGCUUAAAAUAUUCAACUACGACGGAAAGCGUUACUUCAAGAAGAAUUUUGAGAGGCUUUACCAGGCUGAAUGGAAACCAGAGUCUCCAGAGAGGUUCGGUGAGAUCAGUGAACUUAUCAAGUCAGUUGAAUCAUUGAAACUCCAAGAGGGCAAAUCUCAAGGACAAGGAUCAGCUCAGAAGAAACCUGUUGUUUCAAUCCCCACUGUACACAAACCCGCUGCAUAUCGACCUCCGCAUGCUAAGCACGCAGCUGCCAUUCAAGCCGAGGUACUCAAAAAGAACUUCUCUAUGAUUUGCGCGGAGAAAAUCCAGCAGGGUAAAGAGAUGAGCAAGGUCGCUCUUAAAAACAAGAAGAAGAGGGAGAACAAGAAGAAAGCCGCUGAGGCUGCUGCUUCUGGGGCUAACAACCCCUGA